AUGUUGUCACAAAACGUUAACAAGACCGCCCUUCACCCGCACGGUAUCCAGCCUCACCAUGAGCACACUGAAAUAGAAGAGGAGCUUCACGAAAAGGCUCACAUUGACUACGAUCACGUCAAGAUUGUCGCAAAUCCUGCCGUAUCUGCUCUCUACGAAGACGCACUUGUCUACGAAACCGGUUCCGCCAUCACGUCUACCGGAGCUCUAUCCGCAUAUUCUGGCGCGAAGACCGGACGAUCACCAUCGGACAAACGUAUUGUCGAGGAAGCCACAUCUAAAGACGAUGUUUGGUGGGGACCCGUAAAUAAGCCAAUUUCUCCAGAUGUCUGGAAGAUCAAUCGUGAACGUGCCGUCGACUACCUCAACACUCGUUCCCGUAUCUACGUUAUCGAUGGUUUCGCCGGAUGGGAUCCACGCUACCGGAUCAAGGUCCGUGUCGUGGCUGCUCGUGCCUACCAUGCUCUCUUCAUGCGCAACAUGCUUAUCCGUCCGAAACCUGAGGAACUCGAGCACUUCCACCCUGACUAUGUCAUCUACAACGCCGGUGCCUUCCCGGCAAACAGAUAUACCCUUGGUAUGACUUCAGCAACCUCUGUUGCCAUCAAUUUCGCCGAGAAGGAGAUGGUCAUCCUUGGUACUGAGUACGCCGGAGAGAUGAAGAAGGGUAUUUUCACUGUUCUCUUCUACGAGAUGCCUGUUAAGCACAACGUCUUGACUCUCCACUCUUCUGCCAACCAGGGCAAGGACGGAGACGUUACCGUUUUCUUCGGUCUUUCUGGUACUGGCAAGACUACACUAUCCGCUGAUCCCAAGCGCAUGCUGAUUGGUGACGACGAGCAUUGUUGGAGUGAUACUGGUGUCUUCAACAUCGAAGGUGGCUGUUACGCCAAGUGUAUUGGUCUGUCCGCUGAGAAAGAACCCGAUAUCUUCAACUCCAUCAAGUUCGGUGCCAUUCUCGAGAACUGUGUGUUUGACCCCACAAGCCGUGUUGUCGACUACGACGACGAUGCUCUCACAGAGAACACCCGUUGCGCAUACCCAAUUGAGUUCAUCGACAACGCUAAGAUUCCUUGCAUCAGCGACAACCACCCAACUAACAUUGUGCUGCUCACUUGCGACGCUCGAGGUGUCCUUCCACCUAUCUCCAAGCUCAACCGUGAGCAGGUUAUGUACCAUUUCAUUUCCGGAUAUACCUCCAAGAUGGCCGGUACGGAAGAAGGAGUUACGGAACCUCAAGCAACCUUUUCCUCCUGCUUCGCUCAACCCUUCCUUGCGCUCCAUCCCAUGCGGUAUGCCAAGAUGUUGGCAGACAAGAUCACUGAGCACAAGGCUGAUGCGUGGUUGCUCAACACUGGCUGGGUCGGUGCUGGUGCUGCUACUGGUGGCAAGCGUUGUCCUCUCAAAUACACUCGUGCUAUCCUCGAUGCUAUCCACAACGGCGAGCUGGCUAAGCAGGAAUACGAGACGUACGAGACCUUCAACCUCUCUGUGCCAAAGACAUGCCCCAACGUUCCGGACGAGCUUCUGAAUCCCGCCAAGGGCUGGGUCGGUACUACUGAUUUCAAGGAGGAGGUCACCAAGCUUGGCAAGCUCUUCGUUGAGAACUUCCAAAAGUUCGCAGAUCAAGCUACCCCAGAGGUUCUCGCCGCUGCUCCUCAGGUAAGCUUUGUGUCUUUGCUAUGUUCUCCAGGGUAG